CGCGCGGGCCGAGGGCUCCCGCCGCUGCUCGAGCGCAGCCGGAGGCGGAGGAGAAGGACGGGCGCCGCCGCUGACACUUCUGCUCCCGGCCGCGCCGCCCCCGGAACGCGGGGGCCCCCCACCCCACCCCAGCCCCAGAGCGGCGCGAUCUUAAAAAAAAAAAAAAACAACAACAACAACAAAAACGCCCAGCCGCCCUCAGCCCCCUCCUCCCCUUUCCUGCAUCUGCGAGAACUCCCUCCCUCCGCGCCGCCGGCCGAGGCGCCCCUUCCCUGGAAGCCGAGCGGCUCCGCUCGCCCGCCCGCCGCCGCCGCCCGCAGUCUCGCAGUCUAGGGGAGAAGCAGACCAUGGUGAAUCCGGGCAGCAGCUCGCAGCCGCCCCCGGUGACGGCCGGCUCCCUCUCCUGGAAGCGGUGCGCAGGCUGCGGGGGCAAGAUUGCGGACCGCUUUCUGCUCUAUGCCAUGGACAGCUACUGGCACAGCCGGUGCCUCAAGUGCUCCUGCUGCCAGGCGCAGCUGGGUGACAUCGGCACGUCCUGUUACACCAAGAGCGGCAUGAUCCUUUGCAGAAAUGACUACAUUAGGUUAUUUGGGAAUAGCGGAGCUUGCAGUGCUUGUGGACAGUCGAUUCCUGCGAGUGAGCUGGUCAUGAGGGCGCAAGGCAAUGUGUAUCAUCUUAAGUGUUUUACAUGCUCUACCUGCCGGAAUCGCCUGGUCCCGGGAGAUCGGUUUCACUACAUCAAUGGCAGUUUAUUUUGUGAACAUGAUAGACCUACAGCCCUCAUCAAUGGCCAUUUGAAUUCACUUCAGAGCAAUCCACUACUGCCAGACCAGAAGGUCUGCUAAAAGGUCAGAGUAAUGCAGAAUGCGUGCCUUCAUCUCAGAUUUUGUUCAUCACAGGUGGACCCCAUGUGUCUUCAGUAGACAAGUCACCUCUAGCUAGCACCAGUGCCAGCUCCAUGCCAUUGCACCUUCUUAGUCUUGAUUGCCCUUCCCGCAUUUAUUGGUGUAUUAAAAUGACUGAAUAUGAACAUUAAGGACUCCAUGAACCUGGGCUAAUGGGAGACUGUAGAGAAAAUGAAAAAAGAUCCACCGGAGGACAUCUUUGGGGGGGGAGGGAGCUUGGGGGGAGGGAAAUGACUAAUGAAGCUAAUUAAAAGAAGCAUUCAAAUCUGCUUUCUACCCUCAUUAACAAUUAGCAGGGCACUGGCCAGAGUUUGUACCCUGUGUUUUACCUUAACAACAUUCUAUUUGCUCUUUGUAUAUUUAAGUGUUGUAAGGAAACGUGUUUCAAUCAAAGCUGAACAUGAGAUAAAGGAGAGAUGUGGCUUUUGUGAUAUUCUAUCACAAACACUUUUAUUGUAUCUCUGUAAAAUACCAUGUAUGUAUGCAUGUAAGUGUUUUUGUCCUAAUGUUGCUACUCUCAUGGCAAAGAUUAAAAAAAAAAAGAAUGAAAAAAGGAAAAAAAAAUGGGAAAAAAAAUCAGGCUCAUAAGCAGCUACUUGUGUAGAAAUUUCCCCCUACUUCUAAUUUGCUGAAUGAAGAAAAAAAAAAUCUUUUAUUUGUGAUAUUUUCAGAGACAUUUGCUCUAGUAUGGUGUAUUUAAAUAAUAAAAACUUAAAAGAAAAAUA